AUGGUUCAUAAUCAUGAAAUGAUUCCUGUUGACAAGAGACAUUUAAUAAGGUCUCAAAGGGAUAUUUCUAAGGAACAUAUUAAUUUCAUUUCUACACUUAGAUUGAGUGGAGUUAAAGUUUCUGAUUCUUUGAGAGCUUUGAAGAAGGAGGUUGGAGGGUCUCCUAACCUUUGUUUUACAGCUCCUAAUGCUUAUAAUGCUAUUUCUGUUGAAAAGAGAGCUAAACUUGGGGGAGGUGACAGCAAUCAACUAAUCAAAUUUUUUGCUAAGAGACAAAUUGAUGAAGCAAAUUUCUAUUAUGAUUUUGAACAAGAUGAAAAUGGUGCAUUGGUUAAUUUCUUUUGGAGAGAUGGAAGGAUGAUGAGAGAUUAUCAUUACUUUGGUGAUUUGUUAGUUUUUGAUACUACUUAUAGGACUAACAAAUAUGGUAUGAUUUGUGCUCCAUUUGUGGGUAUGAAUCAUCAUGCAAAUAAUGGGAUGUUUGGCAUGGGAUUUAUACUUAAUGAAAGAACAGAAUCAUUUGAGUGGUUAUUUGAUACUUUUCUAACUUCUAUGGGAAGGAGAAGUCCUAUUACUAUUAUGACUAAUCAAGCUCAAGCAAUUGCAGCUGGGAUAAGAAAUAUUUUCCCCAAAGGUGUUCAUCAUAGAUUAUGUGUGUGGCAUAUUGAACAAAAUUCUAAGAAACACAUUGGGGCGUUGAGAGCUUUGGAUGGUUUCACUGAUUUAUUUGGUUAUUUACUGAAGUAUUGUGAAACUCCACCAGAAUUUGAGCAUUAUUGGAAAAGAAUGUUGUUGAAAUAUGACUGUGCAAAUGUUGAUUGGUUGAAUGAUUUGUAUAAAAUCAAAGAGAUGUAGUGUCCAGCUUUUUCAAAGAAAUUUUGGUCAGGAGGUGUGCUUUCAUCUCAACGUAGUGAGACAACUAACAAAUCAGUUUCUCAAAGGCUUAACAAGACACAAGGUCUAUGUGAUUUCUAUCAAGUGUUUCUCGAUGUGGUUCAA